AUGAAAAAGUGCGUGCCCACGAAAGAUGGCAUUGGCAAGUUCUUUGCCUACACUCGGCUCCUCUUCUCCCUCGACUACACCCGGACCGACGUCUGCCUGAUCCUCGCCGGUUUCUUCUUCUCCAUUGCCGCGGGUAUACCGUUCCCGCUCCUGGGUAUCGUCUUCGGUGAGCUGGUCAACGAUCUCAAUACCGCCACUUGCUCUUCAUCCGACUCCGUCAACUCAGAUGUGUCUGAUGGAGUACGGCAGAAGGUGUUAUACGUGAUCUACAUCACUAUCGCCAACUUUUGCUUCAUCUACAUCCAUUGCAGCUGCUGGAGCUAUAUCAGCGAGCGGAUUGCUAGGAGAUAUCGCCGAAGAUACUUCGAAAGUGUUAUCCGACAAGAGACGGGCUAUAUCGAAGGACUCCCGGCGGGAGAUGUCGUAUCUCGACUCGUCAGCGAUAUCGGGGUGAUACAAUCUGGGACGUCAGAGAAGGUGGGAUUGGUCGUCUCUACGGUUUCCUACUUUGUCACUUCGUACAUCGUCGCAUUUAUCAAAGUACCUCAAAUAGCUGGCAUGCUGGUAUCUGUGGUUCCAUGCUAUUUCUUCAUGUCGUAUGUCGGGGGCUACUACAUCAAGAAAUACGCAGGUCGGAUCUCAGAGCACGUCAAUGUCGCCACUUCAAUUGCUUCAUCCAGUCUGUCACAUCUCACACUGGUACAUGCCUUCAAUUCCAACGAUCGUCUGGAGAAACUGUAUGCCGAACACCUCGCUGGUUCACGCAUGGACGCUCUCAAGAAGGCAGGAAGUCAUGCGGCACAACUCGGUCUGCUGUAUUUCAUUGCCUACAGCGCCAACGCUUUAGCUUUCUGGGAAGGUUCUCGAUUAAUUGCGGACUCAGUUGAAUCCGGGGGCUCCGGAACAUCAGUCGGUGCUGUCUACACUGUUAUCUUCGUUCUCAUCGACGCUUCCUUCAUCCUCAGUCAAGUCGCCCCAUUUGUUCACGUUUUUGCGGCGGCGACUGGCGCAGCCGAUAGACUACUGGCAGUCAUCAAUCGCAAGUCACAGAUUGAUGGAACAGAUGACUCGGGAGAUAAGUCAGCUCCAUUUGAUUCAGAGGAUAUCACGUUUCGUGAUGUGCACUUCACCUAUCCGUCUCGACCGGAAGUCCCCAUCCUCCAGGGAACCAAUUUUGCCAUUCCACCACGAAAGCAUACCGCCAUUGUCGGCCCUUCUGGGGGUGGAAAAUCGACCAUCGUGGCACUUCUGGAAAGAUUCUACGACCCUGCAUCCGGAGAUAUUUCGAUCGGGGGCCGGAAUUUCCGCGACCUCAAUGUGCGAUAUCUCAGAGGGAAUAUUGGAUUUGUCCAACAAGAGCCAUCGUUGCUGGAUCGGUCAAUUUUGGAAAACAUUGCUUAUGGCUUGGUUACCUCCUCGUCUGAAAGCCACCAGGAACUUGCUCCUUUCAUUCUCGACUCGAGUCUUGCCGAGCUAGCGGAAAAGAUGCGCACAGGCUUGACUGAAAAGAAAGCUCUCGAGGAAUUCGACCCUAAGGUCGCUGAAAUUGUGAAGCUGGUCCGACAAGCCGCAGCCAGCUCGAAUGCGCUUGUGUUCAUUGAAGCGCUCCCUCAUGGCUUUGCUACCAGUGCAGGAUCCUCCGGUAGCCAGAUGAGUGGUGGCCAGAAGCAGCGAAUUGCCCUAGCUCGAGCCCUUGUGCGUGAUCCCGCGCUACUUAUUCUUGACGAGGCGACAGCUGCUCUAGACUCAACCAGUGAACGCUUGAUUCAAGAUGCGUUGGCAAAGGUCGCUGAGCGCAUUACCAUGGUUUCAAUCGCCCACCGUCUAUCUACUGCGAAAGACGCCCACAAAAUCAUUCUAGUACAGAAGGGACGAGUCGUUGAGGAGGGCACCCAUGCUGAAUUGGUUGCGCGUGGUGGCCCUUAUGCGGACAUGGUUCGCCUGCAGAACCUUGGUAAAUUAAGCCCAGCUGUCUCAGCCAAUUCGGAUCCUAUCCGCCAAGCAAGAGAGUCAACAACAACUGAGGCACUUUCUGCUGAUGCAAAAGACGUUUUGAAAACACUCGAAGUACAUGGAGCCGACAUCACAGAGGAGUCCGUGCCUACCUCUGCAGAUGGAAAAUGGAACGAAAAAGAAACAGAGAAGGGGCGGAAAAAGCGUGAGAAGAAAGAAAAAAAGCAGCGGAAAAGUCCCAAGCGCUCCGGCUGGUUCACCACGAAAUUUACAUUCUCUUUACUCCGUCCCAACCUGCAAUACGUUCUGCUCGGACUUGGCAUGUCAUUUAUCAUUGGAGCAAGCUAUACUGCAGAGGCUGUUAUUUUCGGUCAUACUGUUGGUAGCUUGAGCCCAUGCAUCGGCGCAGAUGGCAUCAGACACGGUGGUCACUUAUAUGGACUACUUUUUUUCAUCAUGGCACUGAUCGAGUUUUUUGCCAACGUGGUGGGCGGCUGUGCUUUCGGAUGGGCAGCCGAUAAGAUCUUGUACCGAAUUCGGGUCUUGUCGCUGCGUUCCCUGCUGGGUCAGACAAUUCCGUGGCAUGGAAUGGAAGAUCGGACACCGGGAACUCUUCUCACCUACAUUACCGGCGACGCAACUGCCCUUGGUAGCAUUACCGGUACAACGAUCGGACUUUUGCUCGCCACAGCGGUGAACUUGGUUGCCGGACUGGUCGUGUCAUUUGUCUUUGCAUGGAAAAUUGCCAUUGUUCUCCUCCCAACUAUCCCCGUUCUGCUGUUGGCUGGUAUGAUGAAGCUACGAACGCAAGCUCGCUUUGCCGAAAGGCAUCAAAAGGCAUUUGCACAAGCAACUGCUGUCACUGUGGAAGCCGUUGAUAACAUUCGCGCUGUCUCGGCAUUCUCACUUGAAAAGCAAUCCUAUGCGGUCUAUGAAAGGGCUUUGAAAGCCCCGUAUCGUGAGACUCUUCACUCAAUUGCGUUCGGCAAUGUCUUCCUCGCCACGGCUUUCAGUAUUAGCAAUCUCGUUUAUGCCCUGGCAUACUGGUGGGGAUCUAAGCAGAUCACAAACGGCAGCUACACCCAGGUGCAAUUCUUCAUCGUCCUGCCUGCACUCCUGUUUAGUACUCAAUCGUGUGGACAGAUGUUUGCUCUUGCGCCGGAUAUCUCGAAGGCGGGCGUGGCUGCCACCAACAUUGCCGAGCUGCUCACUACUCGCUCUGCCGACGAAGAAUUGAACCCCGACGUCUCUGGAAAAAUUCAAAGCAGCGAGUUGUUUCUGCUUGAUGAGAAAAUUCCGGACCCAGAGGCAGUCCACCCCGAGCAGCGGUCUAUCAGCUCUCCUGGUGCGCCGCCGACAAUGACUGGUGUUGGUGCCGAGCUACAGAACAUACACUUCGAAUACCCGUCACGACCAGGCCAACCUGUUCUCCGCGGGUUGAGCCUCAAGAUCAAAGCAGGCCAGUUUUGUGCGCUUGUUGGGCCGAGUGGUUCAGGAAAAUCUACAACAUUUGCCAUGCUGGAGAGAUUCUACCGACCAGAGUCGGGUGCUGUGAUCGUCGACGGCGUCAAUGUCACACGGCAGCUAGGCACGGCAUUCCGUGAUGAUAUUGCUCUCGUCCCCCAGGAGAACGUGCUAUUCGAAGGAACUGUAGCGUUCAAUAUCGGCCUAGGUGCACGACCAGGUCACGACCCCACACAAGAAGAAAUCGAAGAAGCAUGCCGGAUGGCCAACAUCCACGAGGUGAUUGAAGCCCUACCACAAGGUUACCAAACACCAUGCAGUCGUGACGGUAAACAGUUCUCAGGCGGACAGCGGCAGCGACUUUCGAUUGCCCGAGCUCUGGUUCGUCGGCCACGCAUGCUGCUAUUGGAUGAGUCUACAAGUGCUCUGGAUGUGGAGUCGGAGAAACGAAUCCAAGACGCGCUUGCUACUCUCGCCGGUCGCACGACUAUCGUCGCUAUCGCGCAUCGGCUUAACACUAUUCACCGAGCAGAUUGCAUCUACCUCAUCGAAGAUGGUCGCUGUGUUGAGCAAGGCACUCAUGAUGAGCUCGUGCAGUGCAGCGAGACAUACCGGACGAGCGUGAUUCAUCAGUCGCUGGAAACCUGA